AUGAAGAAGUUCACGUUCAAAGGCGUUUUAGACGGUAUACGGUCAUCCGUGGCGCCACAGAUCAAACCCGAUCAGGAAAUUGUCGAGACGCUCCGGCCCGACUACUUCCAGGUGGCCAAGACGUUUCGUCAUGGUUUUCCGUACCAGCCGACUGCUCUUGCAUUUGACCCCAUACAACGGUUGUUAGCCAUUGGCACCAAAAACGGAUCUUUACGAAUAAUUGGAAGGCCUGGAGUCGAUGCACAGGUUAGACACGAAUUAGAGGCGGCCGUUGUUCAGGUGGAGUUUCUGAUGAACGAAGGAGCGUUAAUCACGGUAACCGCCGACGAUAGUUUACACCUAUGGAAUUUCAGGCAAAAAAGGGCUGACGUUGUCCACAGCUUAAAAUUUCAACGAGAAAGAAUUACAGUUAUACACCUUCCACUCCGUAGCAAGUGGCUGUACGUGGGUUCGGAAAGGGGAAAUGUACAUUUCGUCAACGUCGAGACGUUUACCCUUUCCGGCUACAUAAUAAACUGGAAUAAAGCCAUCGAAGUGACCAGACCCACUCAUCCAGGACCCAUCGUACACCUGAGCGAUAAUCCUGCAGAUUCCAGCAAGCUGCUCAUUGGCUUCGAGACUGGUCUAAUGGUGUUGUGGGACCUGAAGACAAAGAAACCCGAAUGUCGCUGGCAAUGGGGCGACUCGCUCAAGUCUAUAGAUUGGCAUUUUGAAGGAAAGCAGUUCACGUGCAGUCACAAUGAUGGCAGUCUAACCACGUGGAAUGUCAAGCCGUCUUCAAAACCAGCAAAUAUAAUUUAUCCUCACGCAAAAAACAAAACGGAAUCAUGCAAGCCUAUCCAAAAAGUGGAGUGGAAAUCAUCGAAAUCCGGCGAAUCGUAUUUGAUAUUUUCCGGAGGGUUGACCGCCGAUACUGCUGGCCGCGUGCCCAGCAUAACGAUCAUGCACGGGAAAACGACUACCGUUCUCGAAAUGGACCACAACAUCGUCGACUUCGUUACGCUGUGCGAAAGUCCUUACAACAGCGACGUCCAAGAGCCGUACGCCGUAGCGGUGCUCAUGCAAAACGACCUGGUGCUGAUCGACCUGCUCAGCUCGGGGUACCCGUGUUUUGAGAACCCACACCCGAUGGACAUUCAUGAGUCACCCGUGUCGUGCGUCCAUUACAUCGCCGACUGCCCGUCAGACUUGAUACCAGCAUUCUAUUCGGUCGGUUCGAGGUCCGCAUCCAAGCGGACCGGCUACAGCGAGAACAAGUGGCCCAUUGCUGGCGGUGAGUGGAGCCCGACUUCCUGCAGCUACAACGAGAUCAUUCUCACCGGGCACACGGACGGUAGCGUUCGGUUUUGGGACGCGAGUGCCGGCAGUCUGCAAGUGCUGUAUAAACUGAAAACUGCCAAGGUGUUCGAAAAGGCCAGGUCAAAAUCACCGGAAGGCGGUGACGAAGAUCAAUUUUCCGUGCAACUGUUGUCGUUCUGUCCGGAGAGCAGGAAAUUAGCCGUUGCCGGCAUCUCGUCGUACGUCGUGCUAUUCAAAUUCCGCAAACUCGAGUCCACGUUCGAAACCACGACGCUCGAGAUACCGAUAUAUUCGGAGAGCUUGGACGAGGCAGCGGAAAGCUCGCCCGAAGAAGCGCCAUCGAAACCGGCGGGCGCGUCCGACGAAAGCACAGCUCUGGUCAAGGUCCGGACAGGGCCCCAGAAGAAACCGCCCGGCUUCCAGGCGUGUCUGGCGUGCGUGACGCCUUCCGCCAACGGCGAACCACCCGGUCAGAUCACCGCGCUCACGAUUAAUUCAUCGUACGGACUGCUCGCCUACGGUCUGGACAACGGUAUUGUGAUAGUAGACUUUAUACAAAAAUGUGUUCUCCUAAACAUCAGCACUGCCGACAUGUACGGCAGUGCGGACCCGUACCAAAGGGCUCCCAGGUCGCCGAAACGAACAACCGCCUUGAGCGAGACCAGCGACGGCGAACGGUGCCGGUCCCCCAGUAUCGAUCAGGGCCUCGAAGACGAAGCCGAGGAACUCGAAGAACUCAGCAAACUGGCCCUGAGCCCGGUGGGCGUGUACUCGACCCAGGUGUCGCCGAACCCCGCCAACCCGGAUUGGAUGGACGACGCGACCGAGCGGGCGGAAGAGGCGCUCGUCCUGAUCCCGGCAGCAGCGCCGGAAACCGGGGAACCCGCGGAACCGGGUGAACCUCCACCGCAACCGACGCCGCCGACGGUGUCCGCGUCUUCGGAACCGGCCACCCCGGCGCCGGUCAAGGGCAACGGCCGCCGGACCAGUCACUCGUGGCGGGGCCUAAAGAAACAACUGAGUCGCGUCGAUCUGAGACUGAAGAACACGUUCAACGCGGCGCCCGCCAAGAACAAGGCGUCCACGUUCUACGGCACUGGUGAACAACCGGAAACCGACGAAGCCGGAAGCGUCGGCACCGCCUCCACUACCACCACCACUGCCACCGCCACGUUGACGACCACCACGGCCACGACCACCGCUACCACCGGCCGUUUACCUCAAAUCAUAACCGAAACCGAUGGCCAAGAGCAGCGGCCGGACGGCGGUGGCACGCAGUCGGCGGCCCGCGACCAGUCGUCCACCUCAGCAGCGGCCACCAGGCCCACGGAGCUCAAGCUGUUUGACCGCGACGGCAAGCCAAUUAAACCCCCGCGGUCAACCAAAGAGCACCGGAAACGGACGUCGCUGGACAAGCAGGGCAACCUGACCGCGGGGUCGUCGCGGGACGCCCGACUCUUGUCCGUGCCCAACAUCAAAUACAGCCAAAGGGACCAGAAACAUAACCGGUCGAACAACCAAGCGUUCAUCAACCUCAUUAAACGACUAAACAAGUUGGACAGCUCGUUCUCCAGAUCGCGGAGUUCUAGCAUGUCGAGCUUAGACAACAUCACCACGGAGUCGAUACAGUGUUUGACGUUCGGCGAUUCGUACACGAAGAAAUCCGAUCCGUCUAACUUCCCGACCCUCUGGAUAGGCACCAGCGUGGGAUCGGUGCUCACCAUAAUGAUCAAUCUACCACCCUCCGGAGAGCCCAGGACCACGCAGCCCGUAACCGUCGCCCCUUGUGGUACGAUAUUCAGACUGAAGGGCGGAGUGCUUACCAUGUCGUUCCUGGACUGCAACGGCGCAUUAAUACCCUACGCGUACGAAGCGUGGAGAGACGAGGGCCGAGACAAACAAAAAACGCCGACCAAAAACUCGAGCGGGCUGAACCGCAUGUCGCCGGCGCUGACGGGGAGCUCGGAGAGCGUGUCCAGCAACCCCGGUGGAGGCGGCGGCGGCGUCGGCGGUUCGGGCGUCGCGCAGCUCCAGCAACAGUCGCAGGUGUCGUGCGACCGACAGUUCGUGACCAUCGUCAGCGAGAAACAGGUCAGGGUGGUGGCCCUUCCGUCGCAGAACUGCGUCUCCAAACAUGUGAUACCCGACGCCGACUUCAUGGUCAAAUCCGAAGUCAUAUCCAUGAAAGAUAGCGUAUGCCUGGCGUGUUACAUAUCCAACGGCCACAUAAACAUCUACAGCCUGCCGAGUCUCAAGGUGCUGGUGGACGUAGACUUCCUGGCGCUCUCCGAUCUGAGUUUUCAGACCCAGAAACAGGGCAUAGUUGACCCAAUGUUAUCCAUAUGGGGCCAACAGAUGUUUGUCAAUGAAGACACUGACCAAAUCGCCAAGACGUUUUGCUUCAGUAAUCGGGGACAUGGACUGUUUUUGAACACGCCGUCAGAGGUGCAGAGAUUUUCUGUUUCCACCGAAUUCUGCCAAAGUCUACCGGAAAUGAUGGGUGAACUAUUCCAACCACACGAAAUGCCCGAACCGCCUAAGCAAAGUUUCUUUAUAGGACUGUUUGGAGGUGGCUCUAGAUCCAUCGACCGUGAAGAACUGUUCGGUGAGUCUACGAGCGGUAAAGCACCGAAGCUAGUGGCCAAACUCGUACCAGGUCCGUCAGCCCAACUGGACGCGCUGGGAAACCGGGCGAGUACGGCAGCCAGUGAGAUAUCGAGAGCCCAUCUAUUGGCCGUGGAACGUGGCGAGAAGCUCAGCAACCUGGAGGACCGCACCGCCAGAAUGAUGAACGAAGCCGAACAGUUUUCCUCCAACGCCCGAGAGCUGAUGAUGAAGAACAGGGACAAACGAUGGUAUCAACUGUAGACCCGCCGAUUUCAUUUUGUUUCUCUCUCUCUCUCUCUCUUCCUCAGUAUAUAUUCUCCCUCGCCCUUUCUCUAUCUCUCUUUUGUUCUCUCUAUAUAUCUCUAUCUCACACAAAUAUACACAAAUGUAUUAAAAAAAGUCACCCCCACACAAAAAAAUCAUACUUAAGGAUCUUCCAAAUAAAUUUUCUCUGUUAACAGAUUUCGCUUUAAAAAUAUAAAAAUAAAAAUAAUUUCGCUGAAUAUUAAUAUAAUCUUGUUGCCAUCUAAGUAAACGUAAUAUUAGGUAUUAAUUUAAUAUUAACAUGGUUAAACAUAGUCUAAUAUAUUACCUAUAUAUAGGUGUGUACAUAUAUAUAUAUUAUAUAAUACAAUAAAAUUCAUCGAUUAAAUAUUAUUUGCGAUUUUAGUCGACCGCGAGAAAAUAAUACCAUUAAGUCUAUACGGAGACAUAAUAUACCAUCCCAUAAAUAUUAUAAUAAUAAUAUUACGUCGAGGAACACAACUAGCGUCGUACGUAACCUGUUUAUUCGUUUAAUGCGUUUAAUUUCAACCGGAGUAUUAUACCACUCGUCGAUAAUAUGUGUAUAUGUAUGUAUGUAUGAGUGUGAGUACAUAUACAUUAUAUAAAUUGUGUAAUUAUUAUUUUAAGGAUAAUAAUAAAUACUCAUUAGUCAUUUGAUUGCAUAUUUAUAUUGUAUUAUUCUUAAUAUAAGAUUAAAUCAACAUAAAAAAACGGGCUGUGGUUGUAGUAAUAUAAGUAAGGUGUAUUUAAGUCAUAAAAAUAUUAAAUUGAUUAAUUAAAUAUAUUUAGAGAGAUAAUAAUUUUGCGGUUCUUACCAUAUGUGCUUAUAAGUUUAUAACGAUCGUGAGUAAGGAAAAUCAAAACUAAACAAAAAAAAUCUCAAUAAGUAUUUAGAUGUCAAUGCCCGUCAGACGUGUUUUUAAGAGCAUAUUAAUACCUAUGCUAUAGGUUACACGAAAAUCGUACAAUAAAUUACCAUCCUGCGUGUGUGUGGCAGACCGUUUGUGAUUAUUAUGAAGCGAUUUGUGCCUUAAAACUAAGAUACUAUAUAGUAUAUAUGUAUAUAGUCUACGGUGUAAUAAACUUUUUCUAGGGGACUAUUAAUAUUAUAUUGUAGUGUAAAUUGUUGUAUUAAUAUUUUCUUUGAUAUAUUUAUAAUCGAACGGGAUUUAUAUAGGUGCGUUAUAGAUAAAUGUAAUAAUUGAUCUAAUGCUAAUAUGGAAAUCAAUCAUGUUGUGUUUUCACAAUAUUACAGCCCUUCGACAUUCGAACACGUUAUUAUAGAAUAUUAAAUAUUAUUCGUAUAUCAUAUAGAGCGUGAGAAAAAAGAAAACCUCCCCCAGCCUGAGUAAGUGCUGCUUUACUUCAACGAAAGUCUCUACCUUAAAAAUCGUUUUCCCAUAUUAUAAAGUCUAGUCAAAUAACAUAAACGCCACGUAACUGUAUCGAGAACGAGUGCAUAUAAUAUUAUAUACGACCAAAUCAUACAGAAUUCGUUUGGGGAUCAAUACGUUUUAGCUUAUAUAUACAUAUUAUAUAUUUAUAUCUAUUUAUUAUUAUAAUAAUUAUAAUUAUUACACUUGUAGUUGUUAUAUUUUUUCCAAAAUAUUUUCUCAUUUCGUACUUGUUUUUCUAUAGACUAUAAAAUAAAAUUAUAUUAUGAUAUAAGUAAAAUAAUAUUAGUUUUAAUUUAAGAAUAUAUAUUGAUAACUACACUUAUGUGACUUUAAUUUUACAUUUCCCUGUAAUGAUGAUUAUAUUUAUGUGUACGGUAUGUGCAUCAAAUAUGGCUCUUGAAGGUUCUCGUCUCGGGUCUGUCGUGGUUUUCACUCGACUUUCGUCAUCAUGCACUACAAGAAUGAAAAAUAUUUGCCGGCGGCGAAUUGCGUGUUAUUUUGUUUUCACCAAAUAAAAUAUUGUUGUACGUAUCAUAUAUUUUUUUUCAUAUGUAUGGCCAGAAAUUUUAAAUCAACCCGUCUUAACCGUUACGUAAUAACAACGUAUACCUAUCGUAUUAUAUUUACUCCCACGCGGCACAUUAUACACGAUUAAAAAAACAUUUUUUCCGACAUAAUGCAAUUUCCAUGCCCGUGCACAAUAAAACACACGCGCACAUUAUAGCCGAACAAUUUUCCGCCAUAAUAGAACCGCCUGUCAAUGUUUUAAUUUCUUGUGCGUAAGUAAUUUUUCCGACGAGUAAUUUUUCACGAUUCGCUCGCGCGACCCUUUCCUACUCUCCGGCUCGACGACGCCACCAUCGGUGCCGGCAUCUGCAGCUAUGCCGGGAUAGGAAAAUCGUUAUUGAUAGAAAUUUGGCCCCGCAGGACCCGAACGAGAUGCAACAGACAAGCCAUAAAUUACCUACCGGAAAAAAAA